ACACUGUAGCGUAACGCCCUCUGGUGAGAGAUUGACGAAGCGAGGUCAACUAAGGUACUAGCGAUCGUAAACCAUUUGGGCUAGCGGAAGGUUAAUUACCGCUUACGGAAAUGGCCGAGUUGAUACGAUUAGGAGCAUUAACGGUAGCCUAGGUCACGCAAGCCGUUUGACUUCCCACUUGUCGCGUAGAACACUGCAUUGACAAACGUGUUUUUCAUUGAUAUAUCACACCGCUUCACUCACUACCUCCAUAGUCAACGUGAGUUGCAGCCGGCGAAAGAAGGAACGAUCUUCCUCCUAACAAAGAAAUCAAUUCAAGAUGCCAGAGCCAGAUCAGAUGGAAGAUGGUGAAGUUGAGACCUUUGCCUUCCAAGCUGAAAUUGCUCAGUUGAUGAGCUUGAUCAUCAAUACAUUCUACUCAAACAAAGAAAUUUUUUUGAGAGAGUUGAUUUCCAAUGCCUCCGAUGCCCUUGACAAAAUCCGCUAUGAAAGUCUUACGGAUCCCUCAAGAUUGGACUCUGGAAAGGACUUGGAAAUCCGCAUUGUUCCAGACAAAGAAAGCAAGACCCUAACCCUCUAUGACACAGGAAUCGGAAUGACAAAGGCUGAUCUUGUGAAUAAUCUGGGAACCAUUGCCAAAUCUGGAACCAAAGCAUUCAUGGAAGCUCUGCAGGCUGGAGCCGACAUUUCCAUGAUUGGUCAGUUUGGUGUGGGUUUCUACUCUGCAUACCUGGUAGCAGACCGAGUUGUGGUGGAGACGAAGAACAAUGAUGAUGAACAAUACAUCUGGGAAUCGUCUGCAGGUGGUUCCUUCACUGUCAGAACUGCAACAGAUAAUACUAUGGGUCGUGGAACUAAGAUCACUUUGUUCCUGAAAGAAGACCAGGUUGAAUAUAUUGAGGAGAAAAGAGUCAAAGAAGUGGUUAAGAAACACAGUCAGUUUAUUGGGUAUCCAAUCAAGCUGUUGGUGGAGAAAGAACGUGACAAGGAAGUGUCUGAUGAUGAAGAGGAGGAGGAGAAAAAAGAAGAUAAGGCAGAAGAGGAGGAAGACAAGCCCAAGGUGGAAGAUCUAGAUGAGGAUGAAGAGGAUGACAACAAAGACAAAGAUAAGAAGAAAAAGAAAAAGAUCAAAGAGAAAUACACUGAAGAUGAGGAAUUGAACAAAACGAAGCCCAUCUGGACCAGGAACCCAGAUGACAUUACCCAGGAAGAAUAUGGCGAGUUUUACAAAUCCCUAACCAAUGACUGGGAGGACCAUUUGGCUGUAAAGCACUUCUCAGUAGAGGGACAGUUGGAGUUCCGGGCAUUGUUGUUUAUCCCAAGGAGAGCUCCAUUUGACUUGUUUGAGAACAAAAAGAAAAAGAACAACAUAAAGUUGUAUGUGCGUCGAGUGUUUAUCAUGGACAACUGUGAAGAGCUGAUCCCCGAGUAUCUGAACUUUGUGAGAGGUGUGGUAGAUUCUGAGGAUCUGCCACUGAACAUUUCAAGAGAAAUGCUGCAACAGAGCAAAAUUCUCAAAGUGAUUAGAAAAAAUCUUGUGAAAAAAUGCAUGGAACUGAUUGAAGACCUCACAGAAGACAAAGACAACUAUAAGAAACUAUAUGAACAGUUUGCCAAAAACCUGAAGCUUGGUAUCCAUGAGGACUCCACAAAUAGGAAGAAGAUUGCAGAUUUCUUAAGGUAUUACUCUUCACAGUCUGGAGAUGAAAUGACAUCCCUGAAAGAGUAUGUCUCCAGAAUGAAGGAAAAUCAGAAAUCCAUCUACUACAUCACUGGAGAAAGCAGGGAGGUUGUUCAGAACUCGGCAUUUGUGGAACGGGUCAAAAAGAGAGGAAUGGAAGUGAUUUACAUGGUUGACCCAAUAGAUGAGUACGCAGUACAACAGCUGAAGGAGUAUGAUGGAAAGUCAUUAGUGAAUGUCACAAAAGAGGGUCUGGAACUUCCUGAGGAUGAGGAGGAGAAAAAGCGAUUUGAGGAACAAAAGGCUGAAUAUGAGGGACUGUGUAAAGUUAUGAAAGAAAUCCUCGACAAAAAAGUGGAGAAGGUAGCAGUAUCCAACCGUCUUGUGACAUCGCCCUGCUGUAUCGUAACUAGUCAGUAUGGUUGGUCAGCCAACAUGGAGAGAAUCAUGAAGGCCCAGGCACUGCGCGACUCCAGCACAAUGGGAUACAUGGCAGCCAAAAAGCACCUCGAGAUUAACCCUGAUCAUUCCAUCAUUAAAUCUCUGAAAGAUAAAGCUGAAGCGGAUAAGAAUGACAAAUCUGUAAAGGACUUGGUUAUGCUGUUGUUUGAAACCUCUCUUCUGGCAUCUGGAUUCAGCCUUGAAGAGCCUGGAACUCACGCUAGCCGCAUCCAUAGAAUGAUCAAACUUGGCUUAGGAAUCGAUGAAGAUGAGACACCAGAACAACAAGAGACUACCACAGAGGAUAUGCCACCACUGGAAGGUGAUGAAGAUGAUGCUUCAAGAAUGGAGGAAGUGGACUGAAAUGUGAAAGAAUGUGUGAAGAGAGACCGUGUGUUUAUAACAUUUAAUACAGUGGGAUCUGAAUACUUCUGUCCAAUAUGUGAUCUAUUGGAAAAUGAAGUAUCCACUUAAACAAUGACAAUAGUUUACCUCCCAUAGAUGAAUCACUUCUGACAAAGUGCAUUUAAAGUUUGUAUUAUCAGUUGCUCUCAGUGUUUAGAUUCCCAUUAUCAUGUGAUGUGAAACAUCUAUAUUAGCAAGAAAAUCACAACAAUUCUUUAAUAUCAGUUCAUCAUUAUCAGUUCCAUUUUUUGUAUGUUCAACAUUUGUCAUUUAGAUGCACUUUGUACAUCUAUUAAAUAAAUGUGAAUAAAA